AUGGGCCAACACCUGGAUGAAUGGCGGCAGGAUACCAGGCCUGAAGGGGCAGGAAUUGCUCAAGCAGAGGCCCUGGACCUAGAGCUUCUCCGCUUCCAUCCCUGGGGGCACCAGGAGGAUGUGGGAGACAACUGGAAGCAAGAGCUGCCCGAGUUCCGCAGCCCCGACCAGCUGCCCAUGGAGUUUGGGGGGACCAUGACUGACCCGGAUGGCAACCCCACGUGCCUGACCAAGAUCAACUACCGGGGCGAGGUGCCCAAGAGCUACUACCUGCACAACCAGGUGAGGGCACAGCAGGAGCACCAGGUGGCCGCGGGCCGAGGCUCCCCCCUGCAGGUGGAGAACGAGAUCCUGUUCCCCGGCUGUGUGCUCAGGUGGCAGUUCGCAUCGGAUGGGGCGGACGUCGGCUUCGGGAUUUUCCUGAAGACCAAGCUGGGGGAGCGGCAGCGGGCCGGGGAGAUGACGGAGGUGCUGCCCAGCCAGCGCUACAACGCCCACAUGGUGCCCGAGGACGGGAGCCUCACCUGCCUCCAGGCCGGCGUCUAUGUCCUGCGCUUCGACAACACCUACAGCCUGAUUCACGCCAAGAGGGUCAGCUACACUGUGGAGGUGCUGCUCCCCGACAAGGCCUCCGAGGAGAAGAUUCAGAGUUUCGAGGCAACAAGACAGUCCCCACCGCAGUGA